AUGGCGCCCACUGAAGUUGCAGCCAGCGCAGCAGAGACUGCAAGCACCACCCCAGCUCAGACGGCUGUCUCCUCUGCUCGUCAGGAGAGGGGGGAGAACUUUAUUUUAGUGUCACUGGAGCGGACACCUCGCCUGUAUUCGCGAGUAGCGAAGAGGAUAUUGAUGGGUAGAGAAGGCAAGGAAGCCUUUGACGAAUUUUCUGUCUCUGGUUUGGGAAUGGCGACGAAAGUAGCGAUCGGUACUGCGGCUUUGUUAGAAAGUGAAGGCUGCGUGACGAUAGAGAAAGUAGAGACAGCUUACUUUGCUUCAGCAAGGAGAAAGUAUGUCCCAAAGAUAACGAUAUUAUGCAGAAAGACGAAGGACUUCGCCGCUAUUAUGGAGAAAGAAAAAGAAAAAGCAGCAGCAAAUGCAGCAGAAGAUAACCAGAACAACAACACCAAUCAUCAGCAGCAGCAAACAACACAGCCUGAGCCAGUUAAGGCUUAA